UACACCUCCGCGGACGGCGGAUCACCAUGUCCCUCCCUCUUCGACCUUUUCCCAAUCCGAUCACCUCUAACCGCAGGUCUCGCAGCCGGUGGCACGUGCCAUGUCAAGUGGUUCUAAGCCGAAAGUAGCAGUCUCAAUCCGAGAAAAGCUUGGAAGGUCACAAUCCCCUAUUGUCUUAAUCGUUACCUCCUCCCGCACCCCAAGCAAACCUUUUAUAAUCACCACUAUCCCCUAUUGUCUUAAUCGUUCUCUAUUCCUUCCUCCCCCUCCACCCUCAGCCUCCCAGACACUGUUCCGAUUGUAUUCUUGUCACUUCUUCCCCUGCCAGAGACCAAAGCGGCUAUCUCAGGAAUAUCGUCAAGCAGGUCGUCGUUUGGAUUAUGAUCUUCGUGGUUCUUGAUUGGGUGCUCAUGAUGCUUGUUUUUUAAUGUUCUACAUAAGCUGUAACCAUAUGUAUAUAGCAGUUUUCGUGGAUAGAUCCACUCGUGCGGUAAUUCUCGUAGUGUCCUUAGCUGCUAUCUGGUCAGGAAAUUUUCAUCAAUUGUGGAGCAGUCUCGGAAGUAAUUCAACUAUCAAGUUUCUCAGGAUUCAAAAGCAUAUAUCUGUGCUAUCUUGUAAUUGUGUACUGAUGCUUGUUGAUCUGCAAAAUUCCAGAUGUUCAUGAUUUGCAAUAUGACCUUUUUUCCAUUGGGAGAUCCUUGAUGCCAAAUUGACACCCCUUACAGAGUGUCCUUAGCUGCUAUCUGGUCAGGAAAUUUUCAUCAAUUGUGGAGCAGUCUCGGAGGCAAUUCAACUAUCAAGUUUCAGAUGUUCAUGAUUUGCAUAUGACCUUUUUUCCAUUGGGAGAUCCUUGAUGCUGAAUUGACACCCCUUGCAGAAUGUCCUUAGCUUCUAUCUGGUCAGGAAAUUUUCAUCAAUUGUGGAGCAGUCUUGGAAGCAAUUCAACCAUCAAGUUUCUCAGGUUAAGUACUAAAUGUGUCCCUGACAAAUCAUUUGAUGCUAGGAGAUGCCCACUACGACAGUUGACAAAUGUAGUAGAAGAACUGAGACAGGAGCCACAGAGUUUUAUUACAUCAUGUGGCUGCCAUGACUGGAGACUUGAGAAAGUGACAAUUGCGUCAACAACAAAUUUGAAUACCCAUCAGCAAGAAAUUCAUGAACUUAAAGCUGUUCAGUGUUACAAUAUCCAAGAAAGUACUCUCAAGAAAUCUGUUGACCGUCCUGCAACUAUCCUCGUUUUUGAUAUUGAAACCACUGGGUUCAGUCAUCAAAAUGAAAGGAUUAUUGAGUUUGCACUUCGUGAUCUUAUUGGUGGCAAGAACAGUACAUUCCAAACCCUUGUAAAUCCUGAAAAAGAUGUACUGAAUGCAUUUGUUCAUGGAAUUGACACAUCUAUGGUCAACAGGCGUGAUGUCCCAACAUUUAGGGAGUUGCUUCCUGUCCUACUUCAAUAUGUUCGGAGCCGCCAAGUGGCAGGAAGGCCGGUUUUGUGGGUUGCUCACAAUGGACGUAAGUUUGAUGUACCUUUCAUCAUCAAAGAAUUCCAGCGCUGUUUGGUGGAGAUUCCAGCAGAUUGGAUGUUUGUUGACACUCUUCCUCUUGCACGCCAAUUGAUGAAGCCAGAUGGAACAAAGCUUACUUCCUCCUCAUUAAAGGCACUACGUGAGCACUACCAAAUUCCUUUGGUUGGACCAGCACACAGAGCAAUGCAGGAUGUCACGACACUCUGCUACGUGCUCCAGAAAAUUACUUUCGAUCUAAAACUGUCUAUUCCUGAGCUCAUGGAUAGAGCUUUCCGGGCUUCGGACUUUGUGAAACUUCCUCUUGAGAAAUAAGAUGGAGGUGUCCAACUCAAAAGCAAAACUAAAAACAUGCGUUAGUUAUUAACCUUAACUCUGGAAUCAUUGUUGUAUCUGUCACCAUUCAAUAGGUGGUUUCUGGUAAUUUUCCUCAUUACCAUUAUGGUAAUGAAUUUAUUUAUCAUUUCAUUUAGUAUACCUCCAUGAUUGAAUGAGAAUUCUAGUUGUCUUAAAUGCUAAAAAUAUUGUGAGAAUGUUAAUCCUAAAUUAUUUUACUCGA